GCAGGUUUCUUUGCUUACCAAAAGUGGUGCUAGUUGAUGUCUUAUGUAAUUAAUCAAAGGCCUUCAAUGAAUCCAAAAAAAUUCCACGUGUCAGACCUUUCCUUUCCAUAAUUAUUUGAAAUGCAUAUAAUGAAUAUCUCCUUUUUGAAUUCCAGAGUGCCUUGAGGAAAAUUUAUAAUUUUGUUACGACUAAAAUAAUGGAAGUCCACGUUUCUGGGAAGAUGUUAGCUAUUUGCUGUCAUUGUUUUUCCAGGGUGAACCCAAAGGAAACCCUCAAACUAUUUUUACCAUAUUUAUGUGAUAGAAUUGAGGAACUACUGAGUGAAAAUCCCAAUAUUCAGAAUGAGGAACACGUCGAUGACGAAUUGCUGUACAAUUUAUUGAUACUGUCAGAG